GAAUAAACACAAAAGUCACGUGAUUUAUCGGAGAGCGAUUACACAUGGCUGACAGUUGCACACCAUCAACACAGGGUUGUCUGCUGCGGGGAUAGAUAUCUAGGUCAUUCCAUCAACAGUCCCUGGAUCUGUUCUUAGCUGUUUUUAAACUUGAUCAAAAUCUGUGAUGUAGAUGUGUCAGUAAGAUGUCAUGUGACAAGUAUACAAAUGAUAUAGAAGGAAGGUGUGUCAUCAACAGGAAGUAAGGUGCUGGACCAAUCAAAAUGCCUAUGCCUUUUCAAGUCCGGAGCUCCAAAUUCCGUCAUGUUUUUGGACGAGGGCAUCGUAAGGAACUAUGCUACGAGAACAUCAAAAUUACACGGAAUGCCCAUGACAGUAACUUUUGUGCUGUUAACCCAAAAUUUCUUGCUGUGGUUGUUGAAUCCUCAGGAGGUGGAUCAUUUUUGUGUCUUCCUCUGCACCAUACUGGAAGAGUUGAUGUCAAUGCACCACGAAUUUCCGGGCAUGCUGGGAAGGUGUUGGAUAUAAAAUGGAGUCCCUUUAGUGACUACAUGAUAGCUUCGUGCUCCGAUGAUAACACAGUAAAGGUGUGGCAGGUACCGGAGAAAGGUCUGGCAGGAAAUCUGACCGAGUGGCUGGUCGAUCUCCAUGGACACAGUCGCCGAGCAACCUACAUUGAUUGGCAUCCAACUGCAGAAAACAUUCUGCUCAGUACAGGAAUGGAUUUUAAGUGUAUUUUGUGGAACAUUGAGCAGGCAGAACCUAUCAAUGUAGUCGACUGUCACCAGGAUACUGUGUUUUCCAUGUCCUGGAAUCGUGAAGGAAGUCUGUUUGCCUCCACAUGUAAAGAUCGCAACCUUCGGAUAAUUGAUCCCCGAAUCUGCUCCGUAGCCAUGGAAACACAAGGACAUGUUGGAAACAAAGCGUCUAAAGUGGUGUUUGUCAGCAACCAAAACAAACUCAUCACUACAGGUUUUGAUAGGAUGUCUAACCGCCAGCUGGCAUUGUGGGAUAUUAAAAACUUUCGGACUCCUAUAAACAUGAUAGAGAUGGAUAAUUCCAGUGGAGUAAUACUUCCUUUCUACGACUAUGAUUCCAAGGUCCUCUACAUUGCUGGUAAGGGUGAUGGAAAUAUUCGAUACUUUGAGAUAACGGACGACUCAACCGCGAUUCACUAUCUCAAUCAGUACCAGUCACCUUUCCCACAAAGAGGUUUCGGUGUUAUGCCAAAGCGAGGCUGUGAUAUGAGUAAAUGCGAAGUGAUGAGGUUUUACAAACUUCUGGCUGCCAAAGACACCAUUGAACCCAUAUCAAUGAUUGUCCCUCGCAAGUCGGACAAAUUCCACGAAGACAUCUUCCCCCCAACAGCCAGUAUGAUUCCGUCGCUGUCAGCAGAUGAAUGGAUUUCUGGACAGAACCGGGAACCCAUCUUGAUAUCUCUCUUGGAUGGUAGCGUUACAAACUCUCCAAAGUGCACGUCGGCAAAAGCUGUUCAGAAACAGGAUGGGUCUCUAGCCCAGACUCCGACGAUAACAACAUACAAAGCUCUUAGUCCACCUCACCUUGACCGCCCUGUACCGUUUGGACAGACGACCUCUGCUCAGACGGGAAGACAGACCGGCCAACAUCGACAGCAGCGCACAGAACCAGCUUCACUUAAAAAUAUUAAAAGACUCAGUUCUAAUGAGGACUUUGUGUCAUUAAGUGACCCGAGUUUAGACAAGAAGAUCAAGCCAUUAGAUCUGAAAAAGUCACAUUCCGAUGACCAGAGUCCAGCCUCCAGGACAGCGGUCAAGAAAGUGUGGACACCAACAUCUCCUGCAGGGAAAGAUCCGCCGACCAAUGGGUUCACUGGCCCCGAUAGUAACAGUGAUAUAUCGAGCAAUUCAUCAAAACAAGGCCAGGGACCAUACCUUAAUCCCAACCCAAAUUACAGAAAUAGUAACUGUCCCCCUUUAAUUAAACCUUUGAAUAAUAAAGCCUCCCCCAAUACACAGUCUGUGGAGCUGUUACUGGGGUACUCGCCUCAGCAGCCAGAGGAACACAAUCAUAAAGUUCACAUCAAGAAGGUAUGGGCUUCCUCUCCCAGCCCUAACACUUUACCCACAAUGCACCUGUGGCAGGAAGUGUCAAUGAAUGAAUCGGAGCUACGAAAGGCUUACUUCAGUCAGAUGGAAGAAAUCAAAAGUCUUAAGGAACAGAUAACUCUAAAAGACAAGCGAAUCCGUUUACUAGAGGAAGAAAUGGCCACACUGAAGACGCCUCGCUGUGGUCCUGGGGAGAGUGAUUGCUAACACUGAAUGAAGGGGGACAACUCACUUAGGCCUUGGGGAGAGUGAUUGCUUUAAGGGGACACCUCAUAGCAGUCCAGGGGCUAACACAGGAAGAAGGACAACUCCCUGUGACCUUGGGGAGAGUGAUUGCUAGUACUUUAAGGGGACACCUCAUAGCAGUUCAUGGUCUAACACAGUAUGAAAUGAACAUAUAACUUUGUCAAGGGUCAAAGAUCUGUACCAUCUCAUGGAUCGGUGAAGAGUUAUAGCCCCUUCAUAAAAAAACCUUAUCUCUUGGCUUGAUGAAGGGUUGUCUCCCCUUUCAUAAAAUAUUUCCAUCCAGUGUGUCUUCUUAUCUUUAGGCCUGAUGAAGGGUUGUCUCCCCUUUCAUAAAAUAUUACCAUCCAGUGUGUCCCCUCAUCUUUAGGCCUGAUGAAGGGUUGUCUCCCCUUUCAUAAAAUAUUACCAUCCAGUGUGUCCUCUUUUCUUCAGGCCUGAUGAAGAGUUGUCUCCCCUUCCAUAAAAAUAAUCAUUCAGUUUUCCCCCUGGUGUCAGGGCCUAAUGCAGGCUUAUCUACCCCUUCAUAAAAUAUGUCAUUAUUAACAUUUAUUAAUCCUCUGUAUAAUUCAUAUGGUUACUCUCAGGCGCUUUAAGGUAAACGUAUGCCUACAAGAGUUUCAGAAGUAUUUAAAUCUACACUCCGUAACUUGCAUGUUCAUUGACAGAGAGAGCAUUGUAGUAUUGUUCGAUUAACUGUGUAAUACACCAAUAUUUUAUAUUCCCGUCAUCAAUCAGUGCUUCAACAUUUCAGUACCAAAAUAUCUGCUUAAGUCAAAAAAUGAAGAGGCAAGCAUCCGAGUUUUAAACAUUGAUUUUUAAUGGAGAUCUCAGCUUUUUGAGGAAUUCAUUCUAUAUGUUUGAACGGCAGUAGGGGUGAUGGAACCAUUCCAUGUUACGCCUUGUAUAUCAAAAUUUUAUAUUGUAGUCUGUAUUCUACAGGGAACCAAAGUGAGUGGUUCACCACACAAUAUUGUUAUUGGACACUGGUCUAUCAUGUGAAUGUCAACAACUAUAAGUAAGAUUUGGUGACAAACGAUUAUCGUUCUCCCUAUUCUCAUGAACAUGUCGACAUUUAAAUGAGGAAGUGGUUGAUGUUAACACACCCUAUACUUCCAAUUUCUAUAUUUUAGGGCAUUACAAAAUUUGAACCAAUUUGGGUGAUGAUGAAUUGGCAAUUAACAGCAAUAAUUUGCAACAGAUUUAUUGGAAUGAUUUAGAGAUAAAAA